AUGGGUAAAGGAAAACCAAGAGGAUUACAAAGUGCCCGUAAAUUGCGCACACACCGUCGUGAAGAGCGAUGGGCCGAUAAAGCAUAUAAGAAGAGGGCAUUAGGUACAGCGUAUAAAUCAUCACCGUUUGGCGGUUCUUCUCACGCAAAAGGCAUUGUACUUGAAAAAAUUGGUGUGGAAGCUAAACAGCCAAAUUCUGCUAUUCGCAAGUGUGUUCGUGUUCAAUUAAUUAAAAAUGGAAAGAAGGUUACAGCUUUCGUUCCCAAUGACGGUUGCUUGAAUUAUGUAGAUGAAAAUGACGAAGUCCUAAUUGCUGGAUUUGGUCGUAAAGGUCGUGCUAUCGGGGAUAUCCCUGGAGUUCGAUUCAAAGUAGUCAAAGUGUCGGGGGUAUCUCUCCUUGCUCUAUACAAAGAAAAGAAAGAAAAACCUAGAUCUUAA